AUGUCGCUUGUAUUUCAGACUUUGAAUUUAUUGAGUGUGGAGAGGAACAGUUACGGCGUUAGAACGGGCGAUUACUUGAGAUACAGGAAACACUGUACUAGAAAGAUCAAUAAGCUGCGUAGAAAUCUCAAGCUGACGAAUGGAAAAGGCAAGAGAUUCAAUAAAUGUACAGCAGAAUCCAUUCUCAGACAAUCUGAUAUCAGAGUAUUGGAAUUGCUGCUCCUCUCUGCCGAUAAAUAUUGGGCUGAGUCUCAAGAGAAUAAAGACGCAACGAGCAAAUUGAGAAGAUCAGAUCAAUUUGCAAAUGUCUUAAUUGAGGCUUCUUCCAAGUUCGGUCUUCACUCCAGUGACACUGUUCAGUUGGAAAUAUAUCACAAAUUCAUCCAAGGAAGCUACAAUUUGAGUAAAAAUAAGUUCCACGACGCACUCAACUUAUUGUCAAUCUCUUACGUUUACCUCAAAAACCUUAUUAACGCUGCACCUAAUGAUAAGAUUAGGGCUUUGGGUGAAGGGUGGUUAGAUGAGUUAUCACCCAAAAUUCGUUACUGCUCUUAUCAAAGCGGGAACAAAUCUACAUCACAUGAGAUUGAUAGAAUAGCAAACGAGCAUUCAUCUUCUCACUCGUUUGUUCAACUCGAGUACAGCCAAGAAGAUAAGCCAACUAAAGUAAAGAACUUGACAUGGCGUGGCAAGGAAUUACGACUCACAUCUGUUGACGUCGUUGAAGCCAUACACAAGUUACAGUCUGUCAUUGACAAGAAGUCUGGUAAAUCAACCCAAUCACUAUCAAACUAUGACGAAAUUCUCAACACUUACACCAACGCGAUAGAGAUAUCGCCUCAAGGUCUAUUGAAGCAGGUCCUCACGUACAAAAUGCUCGCUUUGAGAUUAGAAAGAGAUCUCAAAAUCAACAACCAACUCGAGUCAAACGAACCUGCAAAAAAUAGAUCAAAAGUUAAAGUUAUCGAUGGAAUUAUCUUCACAUUAGAGCAAUUACGUAAUUUGCACAUUGUUGAAUCUGACGACUCGGAUUUGAGUGGUUAUGUUGAGACUAAAAUCAGCUACCAUCAAGCACUUAAGAAUUACACCCUCGGUUUAUCGCACUUGAUGGCUCACAGCUAUGGACCUUCUAUCAGAUUACUGGAGUCUUGCAAGUUCUACAACAGAUCAGGAUUAGAAUUGUUGAUGAGCCUUGAUGAAAGCACCUUAAACCAUUCUGAAGCAUUCGAGCCAGUCGUUGACAUCGCUCUAAUUGAAGACUUGAAUAAGAUGGUAGACACAGCUCUGGUUAACUCCAAGAAGGCUUGGUUCGCUCAGCAGUUCAAGCGUCCACUCUUCUUCGAUAUUGCCAACACCUACGUUGAACCACCACUUGACUACAUACUUGACAAAUCUCAAUCCAAAGAUACAAAACCUUCUAAAAAGGAAGCUCAGAAACCGCCCACUGGCCACGUCAUCUCUAGUGAAGAUUCUAAACAAACUCAAGACUCUGCUGAGAAGAAUGCCAACAAGACUGCCUCUUCAGGGUGGUUUGGUAGUUUAUGGAAGCGUUGA